UGCACCACGGAUUCUAAGACAAACUACUCCUGAACUUCUGAAUAUUGCACUAUAGAUACUGGAUACAUAUAACUUGGUGUAGCUCUCGUCAAAUAAAUGAUAAAAUGAACCAAUAAGACAUUUUAGAAUCAACAGAAUUUCUAUUUCACAAUAAUGGAUCAUAAUUCUCAAAGAACACAUAUGAUGAGUUUAUACCAAGCGCUCCUUCUAAUGGUGGUCAUUACAAUGAAUCCUACAACAGCAACCGUUACAGCCUUCAAUGAUGCAUCAACGACAACUGAUGAACCCACUACAACCGUAACUGAUGCAUUGACUACAACUGGUCAACCCACUACAACCAUCAACGGUGCAUCACCAACUACUGUUAAAGCGACAACAACCAUCACCGAGUUAUCAAAAACAACUGGUGAACCAAAUAAAAUGGUCAUUGAUGCAAUGACAAAAACUGGUGAACCGCUACAGCCGUCACUGAUUCAACGACAACAACUGGUGAACCCACUAAAACUACCACUGAGUCAACGACAACAACAGGUGAACCCACUAAAACCACCACUGAGUCAACGACAACAACUGGUGAACCCACUAAAACCACCACUGAGUCAUCGACAACAACUGGUGAACCUACUAAAACCACCACUGAGUCAACGACAACAACUGGUGAACCUACUAAAACCACCACUGAGGCAACGACAACAACUGGUGAACAUACUAAAACCACCACUGAGUAAACGACAACAACUGGUGAACCCACUAAAACUACCACUGAGUCAACGACAACAACAGGUGAACCAACUAAAACCACCACUGAGUCAACGACAACAACUGGUGAACCCACUAAAACUACCACUGAGUCAACGACAACAACUGGUGAACAUACUAAAACCACCACUGAGUCAUCAACAACAACUGGUGAACAUACUAAAACCACCCCUGAGUCAACGACAACAACUGGUGAACCCAUUACAAUCGUUUUUGCGUCAUCCAGAACCACUGGUGAAAAUACUACAACCGUCAAUGAUUCACCAAAAACAACUAGUGAACCCACAACAAGCGUCACUGAUGCAACAACUACUGCCAGUGAAACCGCUACAACCAUCACUGGUGUUGUCGACAAAAACAGAUGCAGCUGCAACUGUCAUUGAUGCACCGAGAACAACAGGUGAACCCACUACAACCAUCAUUGAUGUGUCGAUAGUAACUGGUGAACCCACUACAACCAUCACUGGUGUGUCGACAACAAAGUUUACAGCUGCACCCACUACAAACGUCACUGGUAGAUUGACAUCAACGGUUACAGCGUCACCCACAACAACAACUGUCAUUGGAGCAUCAACAACAACUACAACAACUAGUGAACUUACUUCAACUGUCACUCGUGUGUCGACACCAACUGGUGAUCUCACUACAACUGUCACUCGUGUGUCGACACCAACUGGUGAUCCCACUACAACUGUCACUCGUGUGUCGACAACAACUGGUGAUCCCACUACAACUGUCACUCAUGGGUCGACAACAACUGGUGAACCCACUACAACUAUCAUUGGUUCAUCAACAACAACUGGUGAACCCACUACAACCAUCACUCGUGUGUCGACACCAACUGGUGAUCCCACUACAACUGUCACUCGUGUGUCGACACCAACUGGUGAUCCCACUACAACUGUCACUCGUGUGUCGACACCAACUGGUGAUCCCACUACAACUGUCACUCGUGUGUCGACACCAACUGGUGAUCCCACUACAACUGUCACUCGUGUGUCGACAUCAACUGGUGAUCCCACUACAACUGUCACUUAUGGGUCGGACACCAACUGGUGAUCCCACUACAACUGUCACUCGUGUGUCGACACCAACUGGUGAUCCCACUACAACUGUCACUCAUGUGUCGACACCAACUGGUGAUCCCACUACAACUGUCACUCAUGGGUCGACACCAACUGGUGAACCCACUACAACUGUCACUCAUGGGUCGACAACAACUGGUGAUCCCACUACAACUGUCACUCAUGGGUCAACAACAACUGGUGAUCCCACUACAACUGUCACUCAUGGGUCGACAACAACUGGUGAUCCCACUACAACUGUCACUCAUGGGUCGACAACAACUGGUGAUCCCACUACAACUGUCACUCAUGGGUCGACACCAACUGGUGAUCCCACUACAACUGUCACUCGUGGGUCGACACCAACUGGUGAUCCCACUACAACUGUCACUCAUGGGUCGACAACAACUGGUGAUCCCACUACAACUGUCAAUCAAG